AUGGAGCCCUUUGUAGCUUCUUACGACGUAACACGCUUAAGCACGCCUCAGCUGUUCUGGUCCGAGCUCGAUGAGAUUUUGUAUGCGGAUCUCGAAGGGCCCGUCGCCAGCAGCAGCAAGACGCAAUACCCUGCCAGGAUAUCCAAGAGCAAAGUGCCCAAAGUCAUAUCUGGCUUUCUGAGGCUAGCGGAUGCUUGCUAUGGUAAGUGCAGGAUCUUGAACCUCAGUUGACUACGUGCUGAACGUUUGAGAUGCGUCGCACGCUGCCCCCGUCGCUAGGCCGAUACCUCGAGCAGACUUAUAACCUAGAUCACGCGAUCGCGCGACUCUUUGACAGCCCUGCUUUCUCUGAUCACCACGAAUAUGCAGCGGAGUUGGUCGUCAAUCUCGUUCGAAAUGCGCGGACCAUACCGUCUCUUCUCAUCGGAUACGAGGUGAUCCUACAAUACGGACAGUCCGAACCCAUCAUUUUCAAGCACCUUCAAGGGAGCGCCCGUGAUCUACUUCCAAGGUUAAAGCAUCAGAUUUGGGCUGGACAUUACGCUGCGCAGGCCGAUCAGAGCUUGGCAUCGGGGCUCACGACCAAUCACGGCGUCAUGCAAGACCACGAGGCGGGCUGGAGUGGGGCGAGCUGGGACAAAUCUGAUAGCGACCGCUACGAGACUGAGUAUACAUUGCCAAAUGCUAGGCUCAAUAAUGCUAACGACAGCGCAACCAGCUGGCGACGGUGGCAGCUGGAGCUGCGGAAAAAAGCCGUGAGACUGCUUUACGAAGUCUGUAGAGUGCAAAAGCUGGAUCAUAGAGAUAUGAGUGAGUGAUCUGCCAGACAUUUUGAGGAUGGCGGACCCAGCUGAGCACGCCCGGCGAUGCGCUGGUGGACUCUACAGGAGCUAUCGAUGCGAAGCUAGUAGAUCAUCUGUUCGAUUUGGUGGAGGACACCCGACUGCAUGCGGACGAGGAAUUCAAUUAUCUGCUCAUCAAAGUCAUCGUGAGUUCGGCCUUGGCCUGUAGCCGACCUGUACAGGCACCAAUUGAGCAAACAUCUGGACACUGUCUUAGGUCGCACUGAAUGAGCAAUUCAUGGUUUCGGCCCUUGCAUUAGCAACCGAAGCUAUUCGAGACGAAAAACCAUCGAAGGAUACUCCGCAAAGGUCCGGCAAUCUCAUCAUUUCUAUCUUAAAAGAGCGCUUCAACCACUCGAAGACCUUCGGAGAGAAUCUUAUCUUCAUGCUCAAUCGCGCCUCUAGCUCAGAUGCAGAGGAUCUGUGCAUGCAGCUGCUCGUUCUGAAGCUGCUCUACUUGCUCUUCACCAUGCAAGAGACGGCGCACUACUUCUACACUAAUGAUCUCAAGGUUCUUGUUGAUAUCUUCAUCCGAGAGCUUUCAGACCUCCCUGAUGAAAGCGAAUCGGUGAGUAGGUUCGGCUCGUUCGGGCCAGCUUUGCAGAACUGCUCCUGAGAUACUCGGUCCUCAACAGCUUCGACAUACAUACCUUAGGGUGCUGCAUCCGCUGCUCACCUGCACACAACUACUGUCGCACCCGUACAAGCGAACAGAGAUCCGACGCCUAUUGCUGGGCUUGAUCUCACAUGCGCACUUGAGAGACAUCACACCGACCACAAGUCGCUUAGUGGCUCGUUGUCUGCAGGCUGAAUGGUGCGUCGAGCUCGACGCGCUGGAUCCUUCGAAUGCAGCCGCCAUCAAGCAAUUGGUUGGACGACACGACUCGAGCAGCUCGAUGACGGAGGAACUGGCCGAUGCAGGUGUAGCGAUCGCUUCCGUGCAAUCUAUAGCUGGAGGGCCCGCAUCACAAGUGCUGGUAGAGACUACCAUCGAGGAUGGCGAGCCAGUAAUUGCGCCCGACGCUUCCGCUUCAACAUCGACCGGAGCUGAUGCGAUGGCGAUUGCCGUAGCAGUCGAGGACGGGGGCAUUCAUUCGAGCCUGGUAGGCUCAGCUGGUCGGGAUUUUGAAGAGAGCUCUCUCUUCACCAGCGCUGACGUCAAAGCAAAUGAAUCUGGCCGCGAACGAGUAAGCUCGAUAUCCCAGCACAUCGAAGUGACGCCUUGGAACGGGACCGCCACCUCAACACCGGUGCCUUCCUCCCCUCAAACGACUUUUACCCCCGAUUUUGCCUCAGGCGUAGUCGCCAGCGGCAGCGAGACUGACGCUGCGAUGCAGUCGUCUUGGCAUGCGCAGGCGCUGCCUUCAAUCUCACUGCUAUCAGAGCACUCGGCGCCGAGGGCUUCUUCGCGAGGACCAGGUCCACCAAGACCACCCAAGUCUCGUGGCGCUUCGUCACAAGCGACAGCUGCUGAGAGAACAGCAUCCUCAACUGAUCUCCCGGUCAACGUUCAAGGCGGUACCGGCAUUGCGACGCAUGAGGAUGACCUGAAGCCCAACGCGCCCGAGCCGUCGUCGGACAAUGCUCUCAGCGCGGGUAGUGUCGAUGGGCUCCCCGACACUGCCGAUGGUCUCGUAUACAGUUUUCCAUUGGUCAGAGUGCAGACCUCCGAACCAUCAACGGAGGCGAAGCAGACACAGUCCGAGAUGUUACCUUUCCGCCCGCCAUCGCUCCACGUUCAGCACGCUUCAGGUGAAGGUGAUGUCGAUGAAGACAGCACACAUCGGACACCGACCCUGUCCGACCUGUCCUCGAGAGAUAGAAUGCAUAGCUCUUCGAACGCGGCAAGCGGAAGCUCCACGCCUCAAAGACGGAAGCCGCCGGCUCCGCCACGCGGCACAAAUGGUGUUGCUUAUCUAGGAGUGGGCAUGGGCAGACCAAGAAGAGGCUCUAUGCCUAAUUCCCCAAUUCAAAGCAGAAGCGAGCUCGCACCAAGCGAUUACUUGCAACCCUCAGAUCCUGCAUCGCAGACAUUUGCACCCUCAAGCUCUGAUGCUGCAGAGGCGCGCCAACCUGAUUCAGCACCUGCCAAUUCCCUCCCUCGGUCAUUCAUGCGGGAAAGGGAUCACAUACCGCGUGCCUCAUCCUUCGCAGACUUAAGCGCACGGGCACGUGAGCAGCCGCCUCCUGCAGAUAUGGACGAGGCUGCAGAAGGAGCUCGAAGCUCGUCCAGCAACGGCCUUUACCCGUCCGGCAAAGUCCGUCGAAGACCGCCGCCACCGCCUUCUUCUGCAAGUAACGACAACAGCCCGAACCUGAUGGCUGUCUCGGGCUCUUAUCCUCUGGCCAAGACUUCGGAGACGACCGCUUCUUCUCACUUGAAGCCUAAACCUCCGCCCAUCAACCGAGCGACGAAGGGAACUGCCUCGCCUAGACCGGCCACACCUUUGGUGGAUGACAAGUCGCGCGAUGACUCUCGUCAUGACUCGGACCGGAACAUGUCUACGGGUCAGCUUUCCGGAAGACUUCAACAGCUGAGAUGCGCUCAUUGA